UCGUUGUGCGCAUCAUCAUCUGUGUUAGUGUGCGCGCAUCUGCGAUGAAGCAUAUGAACGGUGUAACGCUUUGGGGGUGGGCCCCAAUACUAAAUACGCACUGACGGCGAGUUUCGCGCGAGAAGUCCACCGGUCACGACGUCUUCGUCGUUAGUUAGCGUGUUGUUGCGAGCUGGGUACAACCCAAUAGAACGCGUGUGCGCUGGUGCGUGUCACGCGAAGUGAUCAUGUGGUGGAUGUGACGUAGAAUCGUUCUAUUUUAAAAGGAACCGCUCAGCGCAACGAGAAGUAAAAGGGUUUCGUCGAAACGUAAACAACGAAAACGUAGCCCACAAUAGGCGGGGGCUCAGGGUGGUGUGGUUGACUACGUGCGUCCAUUAUUGUGGUUGGCUGUUUUUUUUUUUUUAUAAAAUAAACCGCGAGACGGCGAGUACUGUAGCGUCUGUGAUUGCCGUUAGCCGGCGUCGCUUCUGCGGCGAGCGGUUAAGGUGUGCGAAAACCGGUUAAAACCUACCGGAACUCCUCCGGUUUGGUUUUCGGGCGGAGAGGCGGUGGACCCAGGCUCGAUCGCAUGGUGAAGCUGAUAAAAAGUUUUUUCUUUAUACAAUACCUGUGCAAAAAAAUGUGCCCACACCGACCAUAUGCACGUGUGAUCCAGCAUCCCCGGGGUCAUGUAUCUUGAGACCGCUCGGAUCUGUGUGUGCGCCACGUCACCAUCCGUUUUUAACGACUUAGCUCAAGAGUCAAGUGUGUGAAGUAGAAGUGUGUUUGACUCGAUCCCGCCACAUUGCCGUCAGUCAAUCGAUAGUAGCACGGAGAGGCAGUCAGAGCAGCAAACAGCAUGGUGCUAAACACGACAACGAAGGUCUUUCUGCUCGUGAUCGCGCUGUUUCUAACGUUCGUCGUUGGUUUCUUCGCGUACGUGCUCAGCCUGCGCCACGAACGAUCGCGACUGUGGGACGAAAUCGAGCGUCGUGGCGCGACCCGGUAUACCGAGUUUGGUGACACCAACUAUUGGUACUUCGUGGUACGUGAUAUCGACAAGAUACGCAACAUGACGGACAUUCACUAUCUCGAGCGUGCCUCACAUAUUGUACCCAUGGCCGAUGGGUUUAUACUACUCGGCAAGGACUACGAGAUUCACUACGAACGUGUUCGAGGUACAUCGAAGAUGCCAAGUGAAGCGAUCGCACCGAACGAACGUCACUCCGAGCCGGAAGAUUACACACCAACGAUGGUAAAGCGAAAACUAUAUGCCUGGGAGGUAGGCAAACCGCUAACAAGUUCGGCUGAUUCUGCCACCACCGUUGUUCGGACGCGCUGGAAGAUUGGUGAACAUCGCAUCGGUGCUGCCGCAACGUACAACGAUCUUCCAAUGGAUGAUGAGCGCGAAAAACAUAAACACGGGGCUCAGGAGCAUACUUAAAGCUUGCAGCAUGAAACAUUUUCGGUGAAAACGGGUGCAUAAGAAGAAUUAAAAGUCUAAUAGGGAUGCAUAUCAAAUGAGCACAGUUAGUGGUCAGUUGUUUGUGCAGCUCACUAAAUGAAACAAGUAUUGCCAGGGAUCAAAUAAGUAUAGGUAUUCGAUUUGUUAUAAACGAAGAUUUUGGACGUUUAUUCCAGUGUUUUGAAAGAGAGAGAUAUGGCUGUGUAAAAUGGCAAAACUCCGACGCAGGAGUUAAAGACAUUACUUUAUAGAAUGGAUCACUGUUUUAAAAUGUCUUACUAAGAUCACAGGUAGACUACGAGCACAGAUAGUGCUUAAUUGUGUUAAACUAUUGAAAGUACUACUUUCCUUAUGUUUUCCUUCCCUUGACACAAGAGUUAUAGACACACUAUUCCCUGAAUAAAACUCGUAUUUAACACUUAUAUUGCUCUAUUAU